AGGAGGUUUAGGAAAGUGGGAAGCAUGUUAAGGUAGAGGAAGGGGAGGCUCAGAAGUAGAAUAAAUAAAGGGAAAGGAAUUCUGAGUGGAGCCAAUGGGUGGAGCUACGAACAGAGCAAGGUUGUAAAUCAGAUCACAAUCCUGCAGGUAGAUGUGGCAGAAGAUUGAAACUAAAAGAGAGGAUGUAAAAAAGGAGAGCAGGGAAGAUAAGGAUAAGGUGAAAGGGGUUAUGUUACAGUCAUAUGACGUUAAAGCAGUGUCUGCUGAAAGAGAAGCACAGAAGAAGGAAGUACAAAACAGUGAGGGAGUGGGAGGAUUAAUGUGAAAACCUGGAUAAAGUGACAAAGUGAAACAGAGGAAGAGAGAGCUGAGUUGAACAGAAAGCUAUAGUACAUAGUGAGGUUGUUUGAGAUGAAACUGCAAACAAAAGUUUGCCGGUAGAACAAACUACGGAGACACAGCACAGUACAAGACCGGGAUAGACAGCAGCAAAAGCUGACAUAACGCCAUCAUGUUGAUGAAAGAGUACCGAAUAUGCAUGCCUCUUACUGUGGAGGAGUACAGAAUUGGUCAGCUGUACAUGAUCACUAAGCACAGCCAUGAGCAGAGUGGGGGAGGGGAUGGUGUGGAGGUCAUCCGGAACGAGCCUGAGACACACCCUAAAUACGGAUCUGGUCAAGUCACUGAGAAACGUAUUUACCUCAGCAGUAAAUUGCCCUCCUGGAUGAAGAAGUUUGUCCCUCUGAUCUUCUACAUCACAGAAAAGGCCUGGAAUUUCUACCCAUACACUAUCACAGAGUACACAUGCUCCUUUCUUCCCAAGCUGAGCAUCAAAAUCGAGACGCACUUCGAGAACAACAAUGGGAGCAAUGAGAAUGUGUUUGAAGACAAACCUACACCUCAAGGUAGUGUCUGCUUCUUGGAUAUACUGAGUGACCCAAUUCCUGAGAAGUAUUACAAAAAAGAUGAGGACCUGAGCAGCUGGGUGUCAGACAGGACAGGACGUGGCCCCCUGGUGGAUGGCUGGAGAAAUAACACCAAGCCUAUCAUGUGCUCCUACAAGAGAGUUCAGUGCAGCUUUGAGGUCUACGGGUUCCAGGGCCGGACAGAAGAGCUCAUCCACAGGAAUAUCCGUGACAUCCUGCUGGUAGGACACAGACAGGCAGUGGCAUGGAUAGAUGAGUGGCAUGGGAUGAGCCUGGAGGAAGUGAGGGAGUUCGAGAAGCAGCUGCAGCAGGAGACCAACCAGAAGAUGAAGAACGACAUGAGCGACUCAGCCUCAGUCGCUCCUGUGCGUCCCUCCUUCUCCCGCUCUGUCUCGGUCACGGAUGCGUCGUCACUGAAGAAGAUGGGGGUGGACACUGUGGAUAUUACAGACCCUUCAUCAUCAUGUUCCUCCAUGUUCGGGAGCCCUAUGAGAUUUAAUUCGUCAUCAGACUAACACCACAUUCCAGCGUGUUAAGUGAAGCAACCAGACAAAUACUGUUACUGUUGAAGAUUCCACCGGAAUAUUCAUAAUCAGCCAUAUGUUUUAGAAAUAUAAGCUAUACACAGAUGUGUGGGGGGCGGGGGGGAGGGGGGGUUCUUUUUUAGCUGUUGCCAAUGAACACCCACUAGCUAGUUCUCUCCUAUUGAAUGACACCAAGUAAUCAUAGAGGGUGAAGGCAAACUUCUUCUUCCAAGACACAUGAAGCAACCACAUCUGUAUGAACUGCUGCUACAUGAAACUACAUAGGCUGGCAGAAUGUGCCAGGACAGUGCUUCCUAGCUACAUUAGUUAUUCUGGAUCCAUGCCUUAGAGUAGCUGGGGUUAUUCUGAUUCAAUGGACAGGGGAGAAAAAAAUAACUGCUAUGAAUGGCUAUGACAUUGUCGCUAAGUCAAAACCUUAGACAAACAGACGUUCUAUACAAUAAAUCCUAUCUGGUGUUGUAUCCCAUUUACACAUCUUCCCAGUUUCUUCUCCACUGACCUAGACAGUUGCUUCAGUAAAAUGGCAUGUACUGUAUGUGUAUCUAUCUGAUCACUCUCACAGCCUUGUACUGUAGAGACUCAGCAUUGCACCAACAAUAUCUGCUUUAGAUCUGUUUGAAGGUGAGCAUCAGUCAGCUUCCUGCACACUUUAUUUUAAGAUCAGUUAACCCGUGCAAGACUUUUGGAAAGACCAGCAACACAGAGAGAGUUUUUCCCCCAUAGCUGGCAUUUGCUGUUGCUCAGUUGUUGAUAACACCUCUCCUUUGUACAAAUGCACAAUGUACGUUUUCUAUUCUACAUGAACUUGUGAAGAAUGUACUGUAAUGUGUCAGUCAGAUAGGUCACUAUCAUAUUAAGCACUUUCCAGUGUCAACUGCUCUCUAUUCUAUCCUCAUGAAUCACUGUGUAGGCAUAAUGCACCAUUAUUGUAUAUAUUGAUGGUAGCGCAGUCUUAGGUUGAGUGGGAAAUGCUAAGUUAACCUUGUCUUCACAUCAGUACACUGGUUCUUUAAAAUAUACCCUUGUUUUUGACUUAUUUAUGAGCACCAAUAUUAGUGUUAGAUCAAAUGUGAAUGCAAGUGAGCUCUGGCCAGCUCUUUCUGCCUGAAUAGAAUUACGGUGUGGUUGCAUUAGCCAAUCUUACUCCUAAUGGUCUCAGUGAAUGUCUUUGCUACUAAAAUAAAAUAAACAAAUAUAAAAUAACUUGAUUACUAUAAGUAGAUGAGGCAAGCCUACAUAUAUCUAAAAGAGAAUUGUUCUGUGAAUUAAAAAAAGAAAGAAAGAAACACUGUUGUGUUUGUCUCUUUCAUUUCUCAUUAAGUUGAUUAUUUUAAACAGGAGUGGAAAAGUAUUGAGAAAUUAUGUGGAAAAUAUAGUUAAUGUGUCAAAAUUUUACUCAAGUCAAAGUGGAAGUAUCUAGCCAAAUUGCCAGGUACUAAUCCAGGUGGAAUUCUCCUACCUUGUGACCUGAAGAUGAAUGAGUGGGUAUCCAGCCAAAAAUGUACUCAACUGAAAGUAAAAUUGUUGCUACUUUGAAAUGACAUUAAGUAUUAAAAAGUUGUUUGAUGAAAUUAAAUAAUGUUAUAUUUUCAUGUGAAAACUGUUAAAAAAAAACCUUUGUUUUUCCUACACAGGGUUGUGGGGAGCCUGAAGCCUAUCCCAGGAGACUCGGGGCACAAAGCAGGGGAACACCCUGAACAGGGUGCCAACCCAUCACAGGGCACAUUUGCACACACACUCACACCCCAUUCACACACUAAGGACAAUUUAUAAAUGCCAGUCAGCCUACAACGCAAGACUUUGGACUGGGGGAGGAAACUGGAGUAACCAGAGGAAGCCCCAAAGCACAGGGAGAACAAACCCACAAUCCCGGAGGUAAACGUGGCAAGGCAAACACGCUAACCACUAAGCCACCAUGCCCCCCCCAGUAUAUUAAUCAUACGUUUAAAAAAUAUAUAAUAGAAACCAAUAUUUACCAUUAGUUAGAAUUUGACUUGCUGCCUAGCCAACUACUUUAGCUACUGGAAUCAAUGCUAGUCUAACCUGGCUUUUGCAAAGUAUGGACUGAUUUUUAUGCCAUUUGGCAGACACACUUAUCCAGAGUGACUUUGGCUAGGUAAGAGCAGAAGACUUUGAAGCUCUAAAUAAAAAAGUUUUUUUUUAAUUAUUCUUGGAAAUUUUAUUCUGUAUUCAAUAAUAUUCAUGUAAAGUAUAAAUAACCAAAAAUAAUACAUAAGUAUUGAAAAAACAUUUACUCAAGUAUAUUCCACCCCUAAUUUUAAAAAACAUUUGAGAUUUUACUCAAAGUGAUAGGAUAUGACUGCUUUUUGUCCUAUGUUCCUUGAUGUUUUAAAGACCUAACUGCUUUGGGGCGAAAUCAUACACUGAAAAAAACCCGACAUAACACUGAAUAGUGCGUUUAGUAGAUGUACUAUUUUUAAAUUUAGUACAAUAACGUGCGGUUUGGUGUGUAAGCUGAGGUUAAAUGAAAGAGAACUAGACAAUGUAAGAAUGCUGAUAUAAGUUUGUUUCACCAUUGUCAUCUAAAACCUUCACCUUACAUGAUGGAACUCUAACCAAGAUCCUCCAUUUGUGGUUAAUGUGUGAAGUAUUCUUCUAGCACAUCAUAGCCUAGUGUCUAUGCAGUUCAGUUACAGCUGUCUCUUUUAUCUCAGAGGGGUUUGUUUUUUUCUGCUUCUGUACAUGUAUCUGUAUCAUCUCAUCUCAUUUUUGCCAUCUAUUCUUUCUCUGCUACCUGUUUCCUCACAGCAAAUUGUACCUAGUGCUACAUGAAAUUCAUUGAGAGAGGAAUAACAUCUCUAAAGCAUGCUAUUCCUGAGAAAUGACACUACAUACAGACAAAGUGUGAUAUACUAGGUUAGAAGGGAUGGUUUAACAUGGACUUUAACAUAGUGUCUGAUUCGUGUGUUCUUAUGUUUAAAAAUGUAUUACGAUG